CGUUGAAUUCGGUCUUGCACCUCUCGUCCACUUCAUGAAGUCAAACAAAGUCCCGUUUGUGUUUUUAUUUUAAAGUUUGGGGGGCCUUUUUUACUUCUUCCGGUUGGAUAAACUUGUGUAAAGGGCAAAAAAAGUCUGGAUGGCCGGUUAAAAUCUUUUCUUUUUUUUUAAAUUGUCGACAUGGGCCCAUGGUAGACGGUGAAAUGUCUCUGACUCUCCUCGACGGGCUUAUCAACAAACUGCAGUCAUGAGAAAAGGAAUGGAAGUUUCGGUGAUUUGGAGUAUGGACUGUAGCGAUUUUGGUGAUCCAGAAUGUCCAGGACCACCACCGCCAGUUUUCCAUCUUCCACCGCCACCUCGUCCCCCAUUUCUCCACGAUCUUCCGGACUGCUCGCUCGAUCUGGAAACUUGUAAUGCUAUGCCUGUUAUAGAUGCAGAGUAUCAUAGUUCACCUGCUCUACCAUCUGUUGCUGUGAUAGUUGUAUCGACACUUUUUGGUUUAGUGAUGGUCUUAAUUGCUACAGCUUUUCUUUGCAAGCACAAGAAGAAGAUGCAAAACUUCUUACCUUGCAAGUCUUCGCCUCAGAAUCAUUGUGACAUUUCUCAUGGAAACGGAGUAAUAUAUGAAGACCUUACCAAUAUUCGUCCACGACCUCUACCUCAACCAUCGAUCGAGAUGUUAGAUGUGAAGGGGCGAUCUGAAGUUGGCUUCGCCCCUCCAAGUUAUCCUGUGAUUUCUCAUUCUCCUGUAUUUAUUUGCCCUCCACCACCAAGAACUUUGCCACAUCAUCAAUAUUGCUCACAAGAUCUUUACAAUCCUGUGUAUGAAGAACUAUCUAAUGGUUCUGGUGGCCGAGGAGAAUCAGAAGGUGAUAGUGAGUGUGGCAGACAAGGGAUUGGUAGUGAAGAUGAAUUUGCUGAAGAUGAGCUUAGUCUUGCCGGUGUGCCGAUGCCUAAUCAUCACUCUGGGACAAGUUCCUUACAAGGAUCAACUGGAAACGACCUUUCUAGGGAUAUUGAUAGCUCUGACCCUGAUGAUAGAGUUAGAUUUUUAGGUUCAAGAAAUUUUUCCCUACCCCCCGGAAGUCGCGCUCGAUGUUACGGUGAGAGGAGACCGAGGAGUUUAGAAAGAAGGAGAGCUGGAAGGAACAAGGUGACGGAGUGCGCCGAAUUCCACGAAGGUCUCCUUCUCGACGCGCUCUUACAGCUCUACCCGAAGGGCCCAAUACCGACUUCUCACCAUAAACUGCCGUACAUUCUUCCUGUUCCUCAUCCCCAUUACGACACAGUCCUCCAAUACCACCAUCAACCCAGGCAAACGGAUUUUACGACAUUUCGACCCAGUCACGAUUCCGAUUCAGGCUACAGUCACAACACGUCAGGCGGUCGGGGGUCGACAUCACGAGGAAGGAAGUACAAUCAUAAAGUACACACUAACGAUUUAGUUAUGUCCUAGUAUAUUUCUAAACUUGUAACAAUAUGAUUGUAUUCUAUUCUUAAGUAUUAGGGAUUUUUUUCUAAAAUAAAUGACACUUUUAGAAGGCCUUUUUGCACUUUCUGAAGGCUGUGAUCCAAAAGGACACUUAAUAACAUGUCAUUGUUCUGAUUUUUUAUUUUAUUUAUUUAUUUUUUUUUUUGUGUGUAUACCAAAUGUUAAGAUUAGGAGAAACAGUAUGUAUACUGUCUAUUAUAUGUAUUUACCAAUA